AUGGGUUCUGCUGCUUCAAAACCCGUCAAGUCAGCGGCUGGCGCAGCCUCACGGCGCCAAUACCCCAAGCAGCCGGCUCCUCCGCCGAGGGGGCCGCGCAAAGCUCCGAAAGAAAGCAAAGCAGCGUCCGCACCUACGCCCAAGGCUAGUCCCUCGCCUCCUCGAGCACCUGCACCUCCCUCUCAAGGUCCAACAUACCACUCAAAGGAGAAAGCAUCCGGCGUAAAGUCUGAUGCCAUUGAUAUGGACGGUCGGGACCCCGACUUCGCUGCCUCCCUCCGGUCAAUAGGCCCCGUCAACCCAUCACCUACAUUCUCAAACUCAAGCACCGUCAACCGCCCCGCCUCAAUGCAAACUGUCUUCCCACAAGCCUCCAACCCGGCAUUGCUAGUUGUCACUGCUAGACAACGUCUUACUGAGGCCGCGGACACAGAAGCCGAGCACUUUGGUCGUGCAGGUCACCCCGGGAGAUCGUUCCUGGAUGCCCUAACUAUUCAGCAAGUGUUGACAAUGCGGGACAAGCAGGGUAUGCGUCGCGGAGAUAUCGAACGGUUCCUUGGAUUGAAGAAGGGAGUCUUGGAGCGGUUAGGGAAGGAUGAGAUUGUGUCGCGUAUUACAUGA